AUGACUGUCUCUGCAGCAAAUGACGGUCGCAUCACUCAGUCUCUCCCGAAACUUCUGUACAGCAACAAGGCUGAGAUCGAGGACUUUGCCAAAUCCCUCCUCGACAGGGUCCUCGAUUGCCUCAAUCGCCCGAUUGCCUUGGCACUCGAGCUUCCCGAAGACUUCUUUGUCAACAUGCAUCGUUGGAUACCCACGACGAGUCCCAACUCCGCUACAUGA